GGUUCCGUAGAUCUACUGCCAUAACAACCAUGUCGGGUGAUGCCGGCUGGCCGACUCUGCCGGGCCGCCUCGACGAUGAAGAUGGUGCCAGAUUGCCGCCCGAGUGUCUGCUGCACCGGCGCGUUCGCACGGACUUCGACGAUGACGAUCAGCAAGACCUCAUCGCCUUGCAACCCUUCAAAAUCCUGAGAUGUGUGUACAAGAAGGCGUUGGGGUUUCCAUCCGAGCUGCAGGCCCAGGCGGAUGAGAUGGUUCAGACCCUACAAAUCGGUGUGCACCUCGCCAAGUCGCCGCCGGGUUUGUCCUGUCUGGGCCUUCGAGGCGGCAGCCCGAUGACCAACAUCGAAACCGUCCAGGACAGCAUCGUCGUCCUCACCACCACUUUCCUCCAUGAUUUUGACUACACCUUCUAUCUGGUCUAUGAAGCCUCCAGUGGUUCGCUCCACAUGAUCCCCAUGCCAGAAAAUCCUUGUUUCAUUCUCACAGGGCUCAGUGCUAGCAUGCUCAUCGCGAGGUCAUUCUACACUGCCGACUACGCGCUGGUUGUAUUGGGCAAGCUGGACGGGCAAGAGGGGGAUGUUCCGUUGGUAUGGCUGUCUUCAUCCUCGUCACCAUCUUGGUCUGAGAUCAAGACCACCGUCUUCAGCCAACCCCCCUCAUUGAUGCUGCACUAUGCUGAUAUGAGCUUUACUAUCGGAUCCAUGGCCUGCUGGGUGGACCUCCUGCGCGGCGUCGCAUUCUCUUGGUGCAACACCCUCUUCCCCAAAGACUGUCGCAAGGAACCCACGCUUAACUUUGGCUUCUUUUCCUUGCCCAGAGAGUUGCCUGGAGCAGAUCACUGUCGCGACAACACCCGGGUGGCACAGCCAGAAGCCUACCGCACCAUAGGCGUCGUCCAAGGUUUCAUCAGGUUCGUCUCCAUCGACGGCUUUCUCGACUAUGUCGACCUCAAGGACCGCACCUUGACAGUCUGGAAGCGAACGUUGAACCGUGUGUGGCAGUUGGAGUACAAGCUCAGUCUCGAGACCCUAUGGGGGCUCCAGGGAUUCGGCGACUUGCCAAAGAACCUAACUCCCAUGUACCCUCUCCUUAGCACAGAGAAUACGGAUAUUGUCUACUUUGCACUUGGGGAAUAUCUGGAGAACCGGCGCAGGUGGAAGUUUAUCCCAAUAUGUGCACACUAUCUACUCGCGGUCAACAUGCAGAGCAACACAGUCCAGGCUUCCAUAUCUCUCGCAGACUGUUUUGGCAGUCCUGACAUCCCAGACCUUGUUACUUCUAGUUUCAGCCGGUAUGUCCAUGUCGUGGGGCAUGAUCUACACAUUAUGAUGAUGGACACGAUGAAGCAAAUGGCGUCGAUCCAUUUGGACCCCAUUGACUAUGAUGAAAGGGAGGCUCGGAAGGUGAUGAGGGAGAGCCCAUUCAACUGGCAAGGAACUUUGAAGGACAAACCUAUCUUUUAUCCAGCUCGCUACUACUCGCAACCAUCAUUGCUUCGUCUCACCCAAUCAGCCACUGCAGACAUCAUUCCGGAGAUAUCAGGGUGACAUGUUGUCUUUUUGCACAUGAAGAUCGAUGAGCAAGAAGCACUAUAACUCGAGGAAAAGGAAAUAACUUCUGUAUCAUGUACCAUCCAGAUAUAACAAAACUGAUGCAAUUCAGUGGGGAUCAUCUUCAGUCGUUCAUACUCUGUCUCGCUGAUCAAGUUCUAGAAAUGAUCAUGUCAUGUUAUGUAUCACUUGAUAUAUAUGUACGUCUCUUGUGUACUUGAAUUGGGCUCCAGUUUGACAUGUACUCAAAUAUUUGUGCGUGGGUUGAUCCACUUUGACAGGUACUCGCUCCGUCUGGAAUUACUUGUUGCAGAAAUUGAUGAAAAUGGAUGUAUUUAAAACUAAAAUACAUCAGAUACAUUUAUUUCUCCAACAAGUAUUUUUGGAUGGAGGGAGUAUUCAAAUAUUUGUGUCUGGGAUGGUCCAGCUUGACAUGUA